GUGUUGUUUCCUACUACAAUCAAUUUAUCACUUUAUGGAAUCAAUUGUAUGGAUCCUCAAAUCUUAUCGGGGGCUGCCGGUGUGAGGCCGUCGGGGUCAUGCGUGCCCGUAUUGAUCGCGACAAAACCGUGGAUUUCUUGCUUGGUUUGGAUGAUGAACAAUUUGGAAAUAUUCGUUUUCAAAUCAUAGGCACUGAACCGGUGCCCGAUCUCAACUGUGUGUAUUUUUUGGUUACCCAGGAGGAGCCCCAUCGUCAUAUUGUUCGCACUCGGGAUGAUCGCACAGACUCUGUUGCUUUUGCCGCCCGACCCAACAAACGACCUCUUGUUCCAAACAAGUCUUGCUCGCAUUGUGGUCGUACCAAUCAUAGAGUGGACACAUGUUUUGAGCUCAUCGGAUUUCCCACACAGUUCGCCCGUGGUGGGGGGCGGGGUCGCGCCAGUCGCGGGGGCUCGUCGUCCGGUGGCCGUGGCUCUAUCCGGCACGGCAGCGCCCCUCACACCCCUCCCGGCAGUGGGCAGCCGGUCCAGGGCAGUAGCAGCAGCACUCCAGCAGCUGUUCAUGCCUCCGUUUCUGACUCGAGUGGCAACCUCAGUGAUCAAAUGUCCCGCUUGAUGUCUAUGUUAGAGGCGUCCGCCUCUCAUGCAUACACCGGUAUAAAGGAUUUCUUGGAGCUAUUGAUGCCACAUCUAUUCCCCGUAAUUUCCGUGAAGCUGUUCAGUUUGCCUCAUGGCGGGAGGCUAUGGCCAUCUGUUGCAGUGGCUCGUGGAGUCCAGCAGCUGUUCCUGAAGAGAUGUAAGAAGAAGGUGCUGAAAUCACAAGAUAGCACUCCACGAAGGAGGAGUGGAAGGUUGAUGAACGUUAUGUUCAGAACGAAAACCAAGCUGCAUGGGGAGCCGGAGCAAAUUGAUCUCGUUGGUGACGAAUCAGCACAAACUGGGAAGUCUAUUGAAGGUGAGGGCAUUAGUGAAGACGGAGACAAAGAAAUUGGAGAAGUUCAACCGAAUGCUCGGGUGGAUGUUGUGAGAAAUAGGGCAUCCCCAACGGAGAAGUUAACGGAUGGCGAGGAAGAAAACAGUGAUGAUGAGGUUGCAAAUGAUGAUGAUGGAGAAGAAAGAGAUGAGGACGAGGCAGAUAUUGAUGGUGAGGAAGGCAGCGAUGAUGAUGGUUCAGAGAGUGAUGGUGCACAGAGCAGUGGUGAUCAGGAAUCGGAAGAGUACGAAGGGGAUGACAAUGAGAAUGAUGAUGACACGUCUGGUGGGCAGGGUGAAGAUAGCAGAGUUCAGGGUGGAUCAGUGAAGGGAAAGACACCGAGAGCAGAUUGCAUGAGUGUUGAGCGGUCAAGUAGAAGAACAAUUAAGACUAUGAAGAAGGGAAAGGAGCGAUUACAGCGUGCUGAGGUUGAAAGAAUUGGGUUUGGAUCAGUUUUAAGGCUUGAUAUUUGGGAAUUGCCAUCAAGAUUGGGUCUUUGGGUUGUAAGUAACUAUGAUGCGAGGAGCAGCUGCUUAAAACUUCCGGACAGUACGAAGAUGCACAUAACUGCCGAAGAUGUUAAUACCGUAUUGGGCUGGCCGGUGGGGGGAGAGCGGGUUCAGAAUAACAAGCGCAACAAGGACAAGUCACUGUUGAAUGAGUGGAGACUUAAGUUUGAUACGACGGGUAUUAAGAUCACUCCGAAUGAUGUUGUAGAGAAGAUGUUGGAGUGCACAGAGGGAGGAGAGUGGUUUGUGAGGCAUUUUGUAACGCUAAUUGUGUCGAUGCUUGUGGAUAGCACAUCACACGGUUAUGUGAAUGCAUUGGUGAUGGACAAUUUGAGAGAUGUUGAAAGAGUUCCAAGGCUGGAUUGGUGUCAAUAUGUCCUUGACAAGCUCAUAGAGAUCAAGUUGAAGUGGGAGAAAAAAAAGAAGCAGUUAUUCAGUGGUCCACUGUUGUUUCUACUGGUGUUCUACGUAGAUCGUGUGUCUGAUUUUUCAAGGACGGUUCCUAGGACAUAUCCAGCUGUGUUGGCCUGGAGUGGAAAGGAACUAUGGAAAAGAGAGAACAGUGAAGUUACUGAGGGGGGUUUUGGUUUAGGUCAUGACGAUGGGCGAAUGAGUCGUGAGGCGCGCAUUCAGCUGAAUGGAGAUAUGAAUGAGAGAGAACAGGACGCUGUCGGGGAUAGAGAUGAGACUGAACAAGAGAACUUGAUCGUUGAAGAUUCAGAGGAGGUGCUUGUAAGGAAAAUUGCAGACAAAAGCAAGAUCCUGGAAAGCACAAUUAUUGAUCUGCUAAACAUGAUUCAGGAUGCACCAAAGUCGAUGGAAAAGAACUUGAUGUUUCGUAAGAUGCGUAAUGUGUGCCAUAAAGUAAUUGGCAUAAAUGUUGCAAAGAAAGCUACUAUUGAACAAGAUGUUGAGAAUAAUGAAACAGACAUGUCGGAGGAUUCAGAUUUCUGGAGCAGUCCAGACCUUUGGGCAGCAGUUGAUGAAGCAGAAAAGGCAGCUGAGGUGCGAAAGAAGUAUGAGGACUUCAUUAACGAUGUGCCUUCUUUCAGUCUGGGGAUGACACAGGCUUUGGAAGAAGACGUGGAGAGCAAUCGUGAGAAUGCAAAGAGCAGUGAAGGGAAUGAAGUGAAUGAUGUGAAUCAAGUGGUGACGCCAGCGAAUAGAACUCCCAUUGAUUCUCAGCACACCCCAAACAUGGAUGUUGUUGGAACACACUUUAUACGUUAAACUAAAGUCGUGUUCAUUUCUGACAGCUUUGAACUUCCAAGUUCUGAAGCACGCAAUAAUCGAUUAUCAGCUUUGCAAUAAUCGAUUAUCAGCCUUUGCAGCCAAAACCCAGAAUCUUCAGAGAGGACCAAUAAUCGAUUAUCACUUGUUGACAAUCGAUUAUCUGGGUUACCGUUGUCCUCCAACGGAUAGAAUUUUAAAUUUUUGGACAGGGAAUCUUUGGAUAAUCGAUUAUCAUGGUUUGACAAUCGACUAUCAGCCUGUGUCCCU